CCCGUCCUCAAUUGCCAUAGCUGCUUGAAUCUGGCAAAGGUUGAAGCGUAUGCGCGGCGCUCGGGCGACGCACCAAUUGCGACAAAAACACGAUGGAACGAAUGUGCAACUUGAACUUUCGGAUGUAACGCGUGCGGCGCUCCGGCCAGAACCACGUAUCGACAAGGACCCCAGCCUGACUGUGCACGGCGAACAGGAGAGAGCCACACAGGUGAAUUAGCCUGGCUUCCAUGUUUCUAAUUUCUGAACGGCAGGUAUGUGAUAUGGUCGGAAGCCUGACAACGAAAAUCCUUAUCGCUGAAAUCCUGAGUGGCGCAUCUCUGUGGAUGGCGCCCCUUUGUUCAACUAUAACGCUGGAGACAGAGGAGUAGGAGGGAGGAACUCGAGGAGGAAGGAACAAGGCGGGAGACAUACAAUGCACAGAGAUGGUCCAAAGCACCGUCGUGGAAACGACGGCCACAACGAUCACCCAGAUCGAACGGUGUCCGUGAUAGACCGCUUUGUGGGCAUCAGUGGAAUAUCUUUUGGCACCCCAACUGUGCGUCACCCUCAGCCGCAAUGGAUCGACAAAAUGAAAAAUAAGCUGCUAGAGGUUACGGUCAAUACACGCCAGGGUGCGCCAGGGUAGAACCAUGCUGCGCACCAAAGUGAAAUACCGCCGACAUUGCCGUGCUCUUGCUAUACAAGGCACGCUGCAAAUGCAGAGACAAAACACAACGAGUCUGCACGGCCAGCUUGAACAGAGUAAAAAUACAUUCAAGACAAUCAGAAUUGUACUGGCCUCAGAGGUUCCUUGGCCGCCCGUGGCGGCUGUGCCCUUCAGCUGGGGCGACCGGCACGGGGGCGGCAGUGGACCAGCUGCUGGCCGAAAGCGCGAGCGCGAACUGGCGUGGAUACAGGCCCAGCGGGACGGCGGGCGCGGCGAGUCGCGGAUGGCCACCUUCGAAUGCGGCUCAGGCGAUGGCCCGUGGCAUCGCGAACGACAGACUGCGCUUCCUGAUCGCCCAUGCGAUCCUCCCCCCCCGUCGUACUUCUGUGGUGAAGUCUUCUGGAGGGGGCGCACAGGCUGCGAAGGUGGCACCUUGUUCCUUGCAAGGGCCGUGGACUAUGUGCGAUGAGACUCAGCCUGCGAUCGCCUCUUCGAGGGUUGCGGCAUACAUGCGGAUGAUGGCGCCUGAGGCAGGACAUGUAACAAAUGGUGGAGGAGGCAAGACGCACUACACACACGCACGCACGAACGCACGCACACACGCGCGCACAAGACACACACCCUCACACGCACACACACAUACGCAUACGUUCCCUCCUCCACGGCGUUGGAUCAACGACAGGUACAGCAACGCAUUGCUGUGUUGGGCCAGCUCGAACAGUAGGCGUGCGUGCUCUUGAAGACUGCGUUCGAACAAAAGCGGUGUCCUCCCGAGGUAGGGGACAGGCCAAGGCGAGCGAGUGUAAAGAACGCAAACGAGUGGCGCGCAACGGACCUGGAAAGCGCCAAGCGGGGAGCAAGGCAGCGACUGCAGCAACACAAGACAGAGAGAAGGGAAGACGAGACGACGACGGAGGCGACAAAGCGAGAUGGACGCCCACGCGUCGCAUUCAGCGAAUUGGAAAAACCAGACAAGCAAGACGGGGCACGCGAGAGGCACCCAAGAGGCACCAAUAGGCCACCAAGGGCGGGGAGGAGGGAGAGGAGGGGCACGACGACGACGAAAAGAGGGAACCCUGGAGGCGCAGCUAAGCAAAGCGGGGUGCAGACACGAGGGAGGAAAACAAAGGACACGACAAAGACGACAGGCACAGAGGACGGCCCCAUCUCUGUCUUUCUGGAUGGCUG